AUGCAGGGAGCGACGUCUCAGGCGGAGUCGCCCCCGCUAUGCAGCGAGCUGCCGCUGCUGCUCACGGGAGUGCGGGUGGUGCUGGUGAGCCCCAAGACUCCCGCCAACAUCGGCGCCGUGCUGCGGGCGGCCGAAAACUUUGAGGCGCACGACGUCGUGGUGGUGGACGCGCGCUGCGAUGCGCGCUGCGGCGAGGUGGAGGUGACCUCCUGCAACAGCCACGUCAUGCACAGCAUGCGGCUCGUGCCCACCCUGGCGGAUGCGCUGGCAGACUGCUCGGGGAGCAUAGGGUUCACGCGGAGGUCGGGAGCAGGGCGGGUGGUGCACGCCUCCCUGCCCCAGCUCUUAGCCCGCUUCCCGGCAGCGGUGCCAGCGCUGCUGGGCGACCCUCAGCAGCAGGCAGCCGCGCAGCAGGGAGAACGCCAAGCAGCAACACCACCAGGAGCAGGGCAGCCGGCAGCCAGUGGCACGGCAGGCACGGCCGCGGCGGGGGCGGCGGCUCCUGCCGGACCCGUGGCGCUGGUGUUUGGGCGAGAGGAGAGCGGGCUGCUAGAAAGCGAGCUGCUGCUGUGCAGCCACGCGUGCUCCAUACCCACAGGGCGCAGCCAGCCCAGCCUGAACCUGUCCCAUGCAGUGGCGGUGGUGCUGGCUCAGCUGUUUGACAUCCAGCAGCAGCGCCUGCUGCUGGCGGAGCAGGCGCAAGAGCAGCGGCAGCAGCAGGAGCAGCAGCAGCUUCCAGGGGCCUUUGGCGCGCCGGCGCUGGGACCCUCGGCAGUGGCCCAGGCACUCGCAGCUGGUGGCAGCCUGUUUGAAGACGAGCGCACGCGGUGGCGGCGGCAGCAGGCGCUGCAGGUGGCCAGCCAGGCCGAGCUGGAGUCCCUCCUGCUGCGGGUGGCGGCGCUGCUGGAAGCAGCCGGAAUCAGCGCCGAGGAGAGCAUCGGGGGCGGCGACAAGAGCAACCACGGGCGCAAGAAGCGGCUCAUGGGGCACGUCAGGUCGCUGCUGCUGCGCAGCCAGGCCAGCACAGUCGAGGUGCGGUCGCUGCACGGGCUGUGCAAGGAGCUGGAGCGGCGGCAGCGUGGCCAGGCGCACCAGUGA